AUGUUUUGGUUAACGGGGCUAAAAAUUCACGAAAAUGUGAAGGUAAUAGCUGGAGGUAGUACCGAAACUUUCCAAAAUCGAGGUUUUACAACCCUCGCAGGAAGAAAACACAGUUCGUUAAUUUCUAUCCUAGCAGAUAUCGAUACUCUGUCGACACCGCGUGAUCCGCUCGAGCAAACGUACCUCGUCGUGCAAAAUGUCGAUAAGUACUUCCUGCUACCCGUCCAACACAACGUACCGACGCAGAAACAGCAGGAACAGGUACCCACCGCGCCGGAAGUGAACGUUAAGACCGAAGUGCAGGAAGACGUAGCUCAAGAAACACGUGAACAGCCACCGGCCGAGGGACUCAAACUGGACGACAGGUCCCGAUUACCUCCAGCAUUACCUAUUCAGCUACCUUUACAGUUGUCGCAGUGGUUGGACCAGUAUUCCAGUUCAGAGGACACGAUGACGAAGACUAUGGGCACCGAGAAGAUAUUCACCUGCGACUACUGUCCAAAGGCCUUCAGGCAAAAGUACUCUCUGCAGAGACACCAGGCGACUCACAGCAACACGAGGACCUUCGAGUGUUCGGUGUGUCAGCAGUUGCUGAAGACCAAGAGGACACUGCGAUUUCACAUGAUGCUGCACGAGGACAGCGGUAAGAUAUUCCAGUGUACCGACUGUGGCUUCAUGUCGAAGAGGAACCACAGUCUGAAGCGUCAUCAGAUCAGGAUUCACUCGAAAUACUUCAAUUACAAGUGUCCACAUUGUCCGAAGAUGUUCAAGCUGAACGCCGACUUGAAGAGACACCAAAUGAAACAUGUAAUCGCGCCGUGUUACUGCGAGGUCUGCGGGAAGAUGUAUCAGAACGAGUUCUUCCUGCGAGUGCACCAAACCAUGGGCAAGAAUCGCAGAACCACCUGCUGUUAUACGGCUGUGCAGAAUGGAAGGAUCAUAGUGAAGGCAACGUCUGCCAGGAAUAAGAAGGGCGACGUGAAGCGAGUGUUCAAAUGCUCACAGUGCAAAUGGCGAUUCAGCAGUUGGAAGUUACUGCGCAAACAUAUGCAACGGCACUUCCUUAGCUAUAACUGUGAGACUUGCGGUGCUGUGUUUAAGUAUAAGGCCUCGUUUCUGAAGCAUCAGGAUUCACACAAAGAGGAACAGUUGGAGUCGACGCUGCCUUUAAGAUUGAAGAACGAAAUCAUCGUUGGUGAUCAAACGAAAGAGCAGUUAAUAGCUUUGCACAAGUCAUCAAGCAUUCUCCAAAGAAGAAUCGCGUUUCAAGUCUUGAAAAAUUGCAAACGCGGAGGCAACUGGCGUUUGAAGCCUUGCAACCCUUCUGGUUGCAUCGAAACGAAAAAUAUUUCUACUAAUUGCACAAAUUUCGAGCGAAGGAAGGUAAACAACGAAGAGAGGAAUUCAUCGAGAAAUCCAGCAAGCAAGAAGUUACAGUUGAAUUCGAACAAUUGUUCAGAUAACUUGCACAACAACGAGAAAGAUUCUACGCAGCAAGAAGACUUGUACAAGAAACUUCACGAUGGCACUUACACUUGUGAUAUUUGUCAGACGACUUUCGAACAGAAGAGCAAAAUUCUUCGCCAUAUUAUCAGUAAGCAUAGUUUCCAUCGACCCUUCAAGUGUUUAACUUGCGAUAAAACGUUCAAAUACAAAUGCGACCUGAAGGCUCAUCGACUGGUCCACCAGGACGUCGAUACCAGUUUGUUACAUUGUUGUGACAAAUGCGAUUAUCGUACAAAAACAAAGAACAAUCUCAAGUCCCAUUACAUCAGGAGACACACAGAUGAUUAUAAAUUCGCAUGUGAACACUGUGGAAAACGCUUCAAGAUGGAAUGGGACCUGAAAUUCCACAUUGGAACUCACAGCAGUUCCCAGCAUAUGUGUGAUAUUUGUGGAAAAUUCUAUACGAGUAAUUAUUCUUUGUAUAAGCACAGAAAAGUAGCCCACUUGAACGAGUAUAAGUUUCAGUGUAAAGUUUGCAAUAAGAGACUCUUGACGCAGGAGAAUUUGGACAAUCACAUGCAACAGCACAGUAGAACGUACGAAUGCAAAGAAUGUGGAAAGGUAUUUGCCUCGAAAAGGUAUCUAGUAACACAUAUGACUACGCAUACGGGUGUGAAGCCAUAUACUUGUCACAUUUGUAUGAAGAACUUUCGAACGUCUCAUAUGAGGAACACGCACUUGCUGACACAUUCCGCGGAAAGGCCACAUAUCUGUGAUCUGUGUGGGCAGUCCUUUAAGAGGAGAUACUACAUGAUAGAACACCGAAGGAAACAUCCUGACGCCCAUUUGUCCUCGCCUCCUGUGCCUCUUGGGAAAAAGAAAGGUAUCGCUGAUUUGGAAGCAGAAACUGUCACUGAUUUCCAAGCAGUGAUUCCUUUCUACCAUAACGAUUAG